GUGUGUGUGUGUGUGUGUGUGUGUUUGUGUGUGUGUGUGUGUGUGUGUGUGUGAGAGAGAGAGAGAGAGAGAGAGAGAGAGAGAGAGAGAGAGAGAGGGUGUGGGUCUCACAGCUGGUGAGUGAUGUGAUCAGCAGCAGCUCCGCACUAGCGCUGCUUUUAACGGACUGAUAGCCGGACAGCGGGGAUUACUGGCCGGUCACCGGGGGCACCGCGGCCCGCCUCGCCCCGCGCGGAUGAACAGGGUUGCAGCAGGUCUAGAGCCUACCUGGAAUCAUUGGGUACAAGGCAGGAACAAUCCCUGGACAGGGGUAGCACCAGUCUGUUACAUAUAGAAGUGACCGCGAGGCCUUACAGACGCUCCACGCUUUUGUGUCGCUCUGGACGGCGAUCUCGGAGGGUCCAGAACCCGCGGACACUUGUUUUCAUUAGUGAGUAAUAACUACCUCAGGCGCUCCGGGGAGGAACUCGGGAACGGGGGUCCGGAGCCGGUUUCCCAGCAGCCGAACUUUAUCUUAUCGAGCCGCUCCUCUCACUGUUCUCUCUGUCCCUCUGUGUCUCUUCACUCCCGGCUCGCUCUGACAGACCGGAUCUGUCAGCCCAGUGGACGACAGCGCCAGCCUGCUAGCGUUCAGUCUGUGCCAAGGCACCAUUGUCCUGUACAUUCGUUUUCUUUUUUCUUCCCCCUCGGCUUCUUACUGUUGACCAGUGGCUCGCAUACACAAAUCAUAUUGUAUUUUUUUUCUGACAGCUUUUUAAGAUUUUUCUAUUUUUUAUUAGAAGUAUAGGAUUAUAUUAAGAGACAACACAUCAGAUAUACUAUAACAAGAAGGAUUUCUGUGCUUCUGUUUGAAGGAUACAUGCACUUUUGGAAAUUGUCUGCAACAAAUCAAGGUGUGAAUUGGAUUGCAGCCCUUUAUUUUUAAGCUACUUGUGAACUGAAGCGAAUUGAGGAGGAAUCCUGUUGUUUUUUUCUUGUGGGAUUUUUCAUUAAUUGUUUUGCUUAGGUGGGGAAAAAAAACAACAAAAUAAAAUUAGAACAGGUCUGUCCCAUUGACACGCCCCUGUGUCCACAUUUUUCACCUGCUCUCUGCGACGGCUUCAAAGUACGGUCAUGACUCUCUGGCUCAUGGAAGCUUUAAGCUACCAAUUUACUUGAUUUCCUAAAGUCAAAGCUUGCUUUGUUGGGAAAAGAGGAGCUGUUUGGCGUUUUUUGCAGAAGUCAGUAAGGUUGGACGAAGCAGCCCUCGUCUAGCCUGUGGCCGGAAAAAAGGCGCUUCCCGGGCUUGUCCGACACCUAUGUAUUGUUGCAGCGCGCAGGAAAGUAAAAUGGACUACAAGCGGCGCUUCUUGCUUGGCGGGUCCAAGCAGAAGGUGCAGCAGCAGCACCAGCAAUAUCCAGCCAUGCCCGAGCUCAGCCGCACCCUCAGCGCCCCUCUGGGGACGUCCUGCUCCGCACCUUCCCCCCUGGCGCCUGUGGGCUCCUCCCCCUCCGGCUGCCACGAUCACUCGGCCUCCGGCGGCACCACGGCCGUUGCUGACAUCCAGCAAGGCAUCUCCAAGUACCUGGAUGCGCUGAACGUCUUCUGCCGCGCCAGCGCCUUCCUGACCGAGCUCUUCGGCAGCGUUUUCCGCAACUCGCGCUACUCCAAAGCAGCCAUGCAACUGAAGGACGUUCAAGAGCAUGUGAUGGAGGCAGCCAGCCGUCUCACGGCGGCCAUAAAGCCUGAGAUCGCCAAGAUGCUGAUGGAGCUCAGUGCCGGCGCUGCAAACUUCAAAGAUCAGAAUGACUUCAGCCUGCAGGACGUAGAGGUGCUGGGCCGCUGUUUCCUGACGGUGAUGCAGGUACAUUUCCAGUUCCUGUCACAGGCGUUGCAGAAGGUGCAGCCAGUGGCGCAGUCGUGUCUGGCCGAAGCGCUGGCUCAGGUACAGGAGCGCUGCAUGGGUGCUCGAGCACAGACCACUGCCCCAGGACCCCUCAGUGAGCUGGAGGAGGCCUCCCGGUCGUGGAAAGGGGCUUCAGAGGCUACAGCACGGCUGCGGGAGAGAGGACGUGAUGGCUGUUUGGCUGGAAUUCAGGUGCAGCAGCUCUUCUGCUCACACAGCCCCUCCCUCCCUGAGCACCAGCUCAAAGAGCUCAACCUGAAGAUCAACAGCGCCCUGCAGGCAUACAGAAGUGCGCUGGACUCCCUGGGACACUGUGAGUACGCACUGAAGGGGGGAUUUUACCUGAAGCCCAAAGCUGCAGAAGCUGCAUUACAGGGUUGCUGUAGCGACGCUGAAGCCCAGCAGGCGGGCAGGAUGCAGACGACCUCUCAGCCACUCCAGUGUGAAUUACCUACGAUCCCUCUGCAGAUUGGCUCACACUUCCUCAAAGGAGUCUCCUUCAACGAGUCUGCAGCCGACAACCUCAAACUCAAAACGCACACCACGCUGCAGCUGAUAAAAGAGGCGUCUGGGCAGAACGGGGUUUCCUCGCGAGACGACUCGCCCGUGACGGAGGUGCUGAACCUCGUGUGCCCCUCCAGCUGGAGAGGAGCCUGCAAGACUGCCGUGCAGCUGCUGUUCGGACAAGCCGGCCUGGUUGUGGUUGACACGGCUCAGAUAGAGAAUAAGGAGGCUUACGCUCCACAGAUUACUCUAGAAGGAUCCAGGGUUGUAGUUCAGGUCCCCUCCACCUGGUGUCUGAAGGAGGACCCGUCCACAAUGUCUCUGCUGCAGCGCAGUCUGGACCCUGAGAAAACCCUCGGCCUUGUGGACGUGCUUUACACGAGUGUCUUCGACCUCAACCGCUGGAAGGAGCGCAAGGAGCAAGCCCUGCCCACCAUCCAGAUCCAGCUUCAGAGAGACACAUCUGACUAUGGCAUCCCCGCCGAGCUCCACCCUGGCAGCAGCACCAAGUCCUCCAGCGGCCUGCCCAAGACUAUCUCCAAACUCACUUCCAAAUUCACCAAGAAGACCUCGUCCAGCUCAAACACAGGCGGCAGCUACUCCAUCCCCAGCACGCCUUCUCGCAGCAUGUUGACCACCAGCGGCGCGGGCAACAGCAGCCAGGACGACAAGCCGAAGACCCUGGGUGACGGCCGGCUGCACAGCCUGCUCCAGAUGAGCACGCCCGGCACCCCUGACCCGGCGCAGCAGGUCGCCAACGGUGCAACACCAGACGAGCAAGGGAUGAACCUGCCCACGGACCAGGAGAUGCAAGAUGUGAUUGACUUUCUGUCAGGAUUUAACAUGGGCAAGUCCCAGCAGGCCUCCCCUCUGGUCAAGAGAAGGAACUCUGUGGCCUCCACCAAUGCAGCUGACCUGAAGACGAGCAGUGCAGUGGCUCCGCCCACCUCCCAGGCCCAGGUUCCACACAGUACCAUCUCAUUGGCUCAAACUUUGCCUCAACCACAGCCACAACCACAGCCCCCUCAACAGCAGCAGCAGCAACCCCAACUCCCCACUACACCCAAACAGCAGCAGCAAACAGCAGUGCCCCCACAGCCCCAGGCCCAACCCCAGCCUUCACCUCAAGCCCUGCAGUACUACCAGCACCUCCUGCAGCCUAUCGGCCAACCCCAGCCUCAGCAACCACCACCGAUCUCCCCCCAGCUGCCCUCACAGCAGCCCCCACCACCCCAGCCUCUGAGUCAGCAGAGGCCUCCCAGCAAGUGGCCUCAGGGCCCACCAGCAGGACUCUCCCCGAUCGGACACAUGACCCAGUGGGGCACGCCCGCCCUCCCGGACCUCAGCUCGGACCUCUACAGCUUGGGGCUGGUCAGCACCUACAUGGACAGCAUGAUGUCCGAGAUGUUGGGACAAAAGGUGCCUCCAGGGCCACGCAACAACACCUGGCCUAACCGAGAUCAAAGUGAGCAGGGAGUGUUCGGAGUGCUAGGGGAUACCAUGCCCUUUGACCCAGCAGUUGGCUCAGAUCCAGAGUUUGCGCGUUAUGUUGCUGGGGUCAACCAGGCCAUGCAGCAGAAGCGGCAGGCUCAGCAUGUCCGUCGCCCUAGCAACGCCCGCAGCAACUGGCCACUCCCUGACGACCAGCACAGAACCUGGUCCCACCCCGAGUACUACAGUGAGGGGGAAGCAGUGAACAGUUCCUGGUCAGCCAAUCAGGGUGACUCUGCCAGCUCCAGUGAUGAGACGUCCUCUGCCAACGGGGACAGCCUGUUCUCCAUGUUCUCCGGCCCUGACCUGGUAGCAGCAGUCAAGCCAAGACGGAAGCACAGCUGUGGUGAGCAGGAAGUGUGUACCCUGCCCUCUCCUCCUCUCCAUCACACCAGCGAUGACAAUAACCAGGAAAGCAAAACUAAGACCUGGCCUCCCAAGGCCCCGUGGCAGCACUCCUCCCACUCGAACACGAUGCCCAAUCCCAGCUCUUCCCUCUAUCAGAUGACCAUCCCUUCCAGCCAAUGGGGAGACUCCAUGCAAAUACUGCAGUCUCCGGUGUGGUCGACGGCCAGCGACUGCUCUCCUUCCAGUGGCCUCUCCUCUGGCUUCCCUUUCUCCCAGCAGCAGCAGCAGCAGCAGCAGCAACAACAGCAGCAGCAGCAACAAGCUUCCCAGCAUAAAGCUCUCAGCAAAGGCUUCAAAAACUUCCCACUAAAACCUGAACACCGGCCCUCGUACCUGCACCAGUACUGAGCCGGACUAGUACUAGCGCAAGCUGCCUUCUGGUUGCUGUUUUAGGUGCAGGGAUUUUGUAACAGAGUGUGUUGUAGUAGUGCAAAGACUAGGGAGUGUGAGCUUUAGAAGAUAGUGUAAGCUGCUCCUGGAACAGCAAUGAAGGGUGAACCGAUCUUCUGUCACUUGUUUUGGCCAUGUCGGAAUGCCGAGGUUCAGGAAUCAGUGUCAGAUUAGUGUCACUAGGGUGCGUUUAAAAGCUGUUCAGCUGUUCAAAAGAAAAACAGACAAAAAACGACACAAAAAAGACAUAAAGAAGUAAAAUGUGGGAUGCUGCAGAGCAAAUAGAUCAAGGGAGCGACCCCCAUCUGCCAAGGAGCCGCGUUAGUUAGUCUGUCUGACUGAAGGGUUCUGCGCUGAUCUGGAAGUCAGACAGGACUAACGCUUGAGGUCGGGUGAGCAUCUCACUGUUCUGCUCUUGGGCCUAGUACAAAACUGUAGCCGAGACGUUCUUCUCGACCUUUAGUCUGACUACCAACCUGUACAUUUUGAUAGUUCUUUAGACGAGUGUGGUUUUUAUAGGCGAAAAUUUGUACUGAACAUUGUGGCUAUUAUUAUUAUCAUCAUAUUGUUUUUGUAUCGGUACCGGAGUUUCCCCCCGGCUUCGACGGAAUCGUUCUGACUGCCAUUCGCGCCAUUCUCUCUAGUGCAUGAUUCAUGCUUCCCAGCAGCUCGCGACUCUAUGCGAGUCUAUGCUGCUGCUUGAGCUUCUGCUCCAAAGCUUGACCGAACACAGAUCUAGAAUUCCACCUGCCAUGUUCCGCUUCUGGAAAAAUGAGGAAAACCAAGGAAUUCUUUUUUUUUUUUUUUUUUUUUUCGUGUGUGUGAGAAAUCCUAGAAUCGGUCUUUAGUUGUAAUUCCAGCUGCGAAAAGCAGGAGACUUGCUACCGUGUUCCUCGACCGUGGAUAAGGUGACCUGCAUGGCUGUUUAACCAAUGUGAGACAGACAGACAGACAGACAGAGAGAGAGAGAGCUGCAGAUGGAGAGAUGAAGAGAUGGAGAGAUGGCGAAGGGCCGGGCUGCCACCCAUGAACUAUACUGUGUUGAAAAAGCUGUAACUGCCAAAUCUCGUGUCAGAUCACUUAGACUACAGCUCCCAGCUACUGUUCCAUAGCUUGUAAAUGACUCAGAAAAAAAUAUAAAUAAAUAUAUAUAUAUAUAUAAAUAUAUAAAUAAUUUACUUCUUUUUAUGAAGAAGCUUUGAGCAGGCUCGGCAGAAAAUAUAAUAAUCAUAGCAGAUGUGUAAUUUGAAAAGAAAUACACUACUUUUUCAACAUCUGACAGUUUAAAACAAAUUAAAAAAACAAAAAAAGUUUAAAAACAUUAGCAGUAAACUACGUGCCAUGUUUAUUAUAUAGCACUUGCAUAUUUUUGUUCUCUUUACUUUUCUCCAACCAAAGCGUUCAUAGGGUGAAUGGUGCUUGAUAUAAGAUAUAACAGAGUCUGGGAGUUCUAGUGACAUUUUAAAGAACGUAUCUAGAUACCCUGCUAUGAAAUGCCCCCCUUUGGGAAAAGUCUACUGUCAAAAUUCAUACUUUUUACUUUUACAUACUUUUAUUUUUCCUUAUUUUUUUUGGAUUGGCUGUUCAUUUCAGAACUACACUAAAACACUAAAAACAAACAUAACAUAUUUCGUUUCUUUGAAAUACAAUAUAUUUCUUGUACAAAUAUUGACAGUAUUAAUCUUAUUUUUGUAUUUUCUUACAUGUUAUACCAUUACUAUAUAUGUUAACAUAAUAUAGGCAUAUUAAGUAAAACAUUAUUUUUCCCAAGAUGUGAAAAGCACAUUUUUCUUUUUCUACAGAGUCAAAAAAAAAAAAAUCUACGUUCUAUCUACAAAAGGUUACCAAAUACGCCAUUACAAACACUAAAAACGUUUCUUAUAAGAUUUGGGGUGUUUGGGUUUUUUUUGUUUGUGUUUUUAUUUUUUGGAGCCCGUUCUUCUUCAGUUUCUAUGGCUGUGGGCUGCAUUUAAACAGCCCAGAAUGUUAACUUUUUUUUUGUGAUGUUUGCGGAUGCCAAUGUUGCCUGUAUUUAUGAUAUGACCAUGUUUUCUGAGAACUAACAUACUUACCAUGUUUACAGAGAAUCGUUUGCUGUAUAUAAAUCUAUAUCUUUUUAUAGUUCUGUGCUUUGCACAAUCAAAAACGUAGGGGUUGUUGCUUUGUCUGUGUUCUCGCCCAAACUGUUGCAGCCUUUUUAAAAAGACCUUGGACUGUAAACAUUAAGUUAGCAUUUUUCAGCUGUGUCAAAAAUCUAAAAAAUGGUUUACUAGUGGCUUCAAAAAUAACGAAAAACAGUUUGAAAUAAUACGACAGAAGACAUUACACUGAUCCAUGAUAUGAAGGGGGAUUGCUUGGCUUAUGUUGCUUAUUGUUCACUAGAGCUGGCAACCGAAACUUUCCAAGUGUACCAGCAAUGCAAAAAAAAUAAAUAAAUAAACGUAUUAGAAAAAUGGA